GGAGCAGGAGGAGGCAGCGAGCCGCGCCGGCCCGGGCCGUGGCCCCACAAAAGAGGCAGGCGAGGCGAGGGCGAAGCCGGCAGCGGGAAGGAAGCUCUUUGUUCGCUGGACGGAGGAAGCGGGCAGGGGAGGCUCCCGCGCUGGAUUUCCCCGCCCCGCGACUGGACGGAGAGGAACCGCGGCCGAAAGCGCCCGCGGCGCGCUGCCUGGUUCCCGGACGCCGGCUCGAAGAGGGCCGCCGCAGCUUUCUCGUCGCUGGAGGAGUGGCAGCCCCGCUGCGGAGAGCCCGUCCGGGGGCUCGGCUCUUCUCCCGCCUCAGGUGCCGCUGCGGAGCAUGAGGGGGCGACCGCGCGGCGUCGGCGCUCUCCGGGCGGCCUCUGGGCGCUGCUGAAGCCCCGUAGGGGCGCCUCGGGGCAGAGCAGGCGGAUGGCGGCGGCGUCCCGGCGGCGCGGGGCGUAGAGGCGGCGCGGCGCCCGCCCCGUCUUGAACCCCCCGAGGGCGGCCUGCGGCGCUCGCUGCUGGCUCUUUCUCCUCGGUCUGCCUCUCCCUCGCCGCGGCCAUGGAGGAGUGGCGGCAAUGCGGGCGCUGGCUGAUCGACUGCAAGGUCCUGCCGGCCAACCACCGAGUCGUCUGGCCCUCGGCGGUGGUUUUCGAGCUGGCCCAAGCCCUGCGCGACGGGGUCCUCCUCUGUCAGCUCCUGCACAAUCUCUCCCCCGGAUCUAUCGAUCUCAAGGACAUCAAUUUCCGACCGCAGAUGUCUCAGUUUCUCUGCCUGAAGAACAUCCGGACGUUCCUCAAAGUGUGUCACGACAAAUUUGGCCUGCGGAACAGCGAGCUCUUUGACCCCUUCGACCUCUUCGACGUGCGGGAUUUCGGGAAGGUGAUAUCAGCUGUCUCCAGACUUUCCCAUCACAGCAUCGCGCAAAACAAAGGAAUUAGGCCGUUCCCUUCAGAGGAGACCACAGAAAAUGACGACGAUGUGUACCGGAGUCUGGAGGAGUUGGCUGACGAGCAUGAUUUGGGGGAGGACAUUUACGACUGCGUCCCGUGCGAAGAUGAAGGAGACGAUAUCUACGAAGAUAUUAUCAAAGUGGAAGUGCAGCAGCCCAUGAAAAUGGGCAUGACAGAAGAUGACAAAAGGAACUGCUGUUUGCUAGAAAUCCAGGAAACGGAGGCGAAGUACUACAAGACGCUAGAAGACAUAGAAAAGAAUUACAUGAAUCCGUUGAGGCUGGUUCUGACCCCACAAGACAUGGAAGCGAUAUUUAUCAACUUGGAGGACCUCAUUAAAGUCCACUUCAGCUUCCUGAGAGCCAUCGAUGUUUCCAUGAUGUCUGGAGGAAGCAGUUUAGCCAAAGUGUUCCUAGAAUUCAAAGAAAGGCUCUUGAUAUAUGGCGAGUAUUGCAGCCACAUGGAAUACGCCCAGACCACGUUGAACCACCUGAUGGCCAACCGAGAGGAUGUUCGGCAAAAAGUCGAGGAAUGCACAUUGAAAGUUCAGGAUGGGAAGUUUAAAUUGCAAGAUCUGUUGGUGGUGCCAAUGCAAAGGGUUUUGAAGUAUCACCUCUUAUUAAAAGAGCUCCUCAGCCAUUCAUCUGAUCGUCCAGAAAAGCAGCAGCUCAAGGAGGCCCUGGAGGCCAUGCAGGACUUGGCCAUGUACAUAAACGAGGUCAAGCGGGACAAGGAGACGUUAAAGAAAAUAAGUGAAUUUCAGAGUUCCAUAGAAAACUUGCCAGUGAAACUGGAAGAGUACGGAAGGCCGAAGAUAGAUGGCGAACUGAAGGUCCGGUCGAUAGUAAAUCACACGAAGCAGGAUAGGUACUUGUUUUUAUUUGAUAAAGUGGUGAUUGUCUGCAAAAGAAGAGGCUACAGUUACGAGCAGAAGGACAUCAUCGAGUUGCUCUGCUACAAGAUGACCGACGACCCAAUGAACAACAAGGACAUAAAGAAGUGGUCGUAUGGCUUCUACCUCACUCACCUCCAAGGCAAGCAAGGGUUCCAAUUCUUCUGCAAGACGGAAGACAUGAAGAGGAAGUGGAUGGAGCAGUUUGAAAUGGCCAUGUCUAACAUUAAGCCGGAAAAAGCCACAGCGAACAACCACAAUUUCCAGAUGUAUACCUUUGAAAAGACGACCAACUGCAAAGCGUGCAAGAUGUUCCUAAGAGGGACUUUCUACCAGGGCUACCAGUGCACGAAGUGCAAAGUUGGUGCUCACAAGGAAUGCUUGGAGGUCAUCCCAUCCUGCAAAAUCAGUUCCCCUGCAGACCAGGAUUCACUGAAUAUAGGUCCCAAAAUGGUGGCAGUUCAGAAUUACCACGGCAACCCAGCUCCUCCGGGGAAGCCCGUCUUAACAUUUCAAACUGGAGAAGUUAUAGAGCUGCUCAGAGGGGACCCGGAGUCACAGUGGUGGGAGGGGAGGCUAAUCUUGUCAAAGAAGUCUGGUUAUUUCCCCAGCUCGUCGGUCAAACCCUGCCCGGUGGAUGCCAGGCCUCCCAACAGCCGGCCUCCCUCGCGAGAGAUGGACUACUCAGCGUACCCUUGGUUUGCAGGCAACAUGGAGAGGCAACAGACCGACAACCUCCUGAAGCUACAUGUUAGCGGGACGUACCUGAUCAGGGAGAGGCCGGCGGAAGCCGAGCGCUUUGCGAUCAGCAUUAAGUUUAACGAAGAAGUGAAGCAUAUUAAGGUGGUAGAGAAAGACAACUGGAUCCACAUCACCGAAGCCAAAAAAUUUGAAAACUUAUUGGAACUAGUUGAAUAUUAUCAAGCCCAUUCGCUCAAGGAGAGCUUUAAACAGCUGGACACGACGCUCAAGUAUCCCUACAAGUCCCGAGAACGCUCUGCCUCCAGGACCUUGACUCGCUCGCCAGAUCGGGUGGUUUCCUUCGACCUACGUGGAGGAGGAAGGGGUGCAGUGACGACCGGAUCUCUCCGAUGCUGCCAGCAGAUCCCUGGGGGGGAACCCUCAACGAGUCCAUUUCUGGAGCUCUGAAAAAGUUGACUGUCCCUCUUCCACAGCUGAGACAGGAACCGCUCAUGGGCCUGUUUGAACAAGCGUGUGUGUGUGUGUGCGUAAGAGCGAGCAGCCUUGCACACACAUACACGACAGUGUGGGAUCAUGUGCACAUAUGCGUUUUCUGUGCGCAAGGGGUUGGGAGAGGCCUUUUUUUUUUUUUGCCCCAUUGACGGCUUGACUUGUAAAUAAGAUUUUGAAACCUCUCAAGUCACGUGGUGCUUGCACAAAGCCGGGGAGAGCCUAAGGGAAAGUGUCACUGACACGUGGCUUGGGGAUGAUUUGUGAGCCCUGUUCGGUGACGGCUGCACCAAAGCUGCCACAGGAAUGGCAGGCACAAGGGUGGGCUCGGAGGGAGAGCCUCUCGUUCCUGGGUGGGGAGGGAUGGAGGAAGAGAAGGAGGAUUUCUGUGGAGCUUCCGGGGACUCUGCAUUUGGAGGGAGCCCCUCGGACUAUGGACAUGGUUUGGACAGUGCUUGAGACUCAUCGCGCACUCGACGGGCAUCUAUGGAGGCACGAGUGGGGGCACAGCCACAUUUAGGAACAGAGGAAGCUGCCUUAUAUUGGGUCAGACCACUGGUCCAUCUAGCUCAAUAUUGUCUACACUGGCUGGCAGACUGGAGACAUUCCCAACCAUCCCUGGAGAUGCCGUUUGGGAUUGAACCAGAGAACGUCUGCAUGCAAAGAGGUGCUCUACCACCGAGCUCUGGCCCUUUCUGUAAAGAUAAAGUAAGAUUUUAGUCCUCAUAGUUCAGAAUGAAGGGCUGAAUUAAAUAGGAACACAGGAAGCUGCCUUGGUCUGUCUAGCUUAGAAUUGUCUGCUCUGACUGGCAGCAGCUCUCUAGGAUUUCAGGCAGGGAGUCUUUCCCAGCCCUACCUGGAGGUGCCAGUGGGGAUUGAACCCGGGACCUUCUGCAUGCAAAGCAGGUGCCCUGCCACUGAACUAAGGCCCCUUUCAGUUGCGUGGCUCUUCACCCAGGCGUCAACCUCCCAGUUGGCAUAAAAAGGACACACACAAACAUCCCCAAUUUGCCCCAACCCUCAAUGAAUGCUUCGCGUGCACCGUGCGAGGGUGGGCGUUCAGAAGGCCCUUUCCACCACCAUCACCCGUGCCUGAGUUUGCUCACCAUGAUCACAUGACUAAGAGGUCUGGAGUCGGUCCUCCUUUAUCAGGACAGGGGUGGCCCUCCAAGCCUCUUUACCAGGCCCGCAGGACUCUCCCCAGGCCACGGCCCCUCCCUCCAGGCCACGCCACUUGCCCUCCCCCCUCCCUGCCUUCCUCGAGUGCAUUUAGUCAGCCAGAUUGUGCCCUCGCACUGGGAUAUUGCCUCUUGCUUGCCUGGGUGGGUGGAGAGGCGGGGGCACCAAAAACAAGAGAGCCGAGUGAGGAAACCAGCUCCACAAGAACGCCAAGGCCAGUCACAAUGCAGUAAAAAAAAAACCCCUAGAAGCUCUUUAUUAGAGCCCAACACGUUUCAGGUCUGAACGACCCUUGUUUGCAAGGGCAGUCUUAGAAGGAACUUUAAACUGGUAGUCUUAAGGCAAAUUCAUAAUUCCACCAAGUAAUUCAGCCUUGAUGAAGCUCUCUCUAAUAAACCUGGUGUGCUGAUCCAGGUGGCUUCACUCUGACGACCAUUAAAGUAACCAGGAAAUGUGGGCGCACAAUCCUCUGCUUUUUGCCUGGCUGUGAUCUAAACUCCGGGGCAAAGGUAAACAGUUACACCUGUUGCUCCGCCGGCUUUUCCCCCUGGCCCUGCCUACCUCUAUCAUGCAGUCCCCAGAAGGUUUCCCCCGGUGGAAUACGGUCCUUGCACUUCUAAAGGUUCCUCACCCCUGAUUUAGUAGAUCUCUUGUGAUUGGUGCCUCUGGGGGCCCUGAAGAUGUUUAAUUUAAGAAGGCAGGCAGCUGAGGGCGACCCAGGUGGGCGGGUGCUGAUAACUGGCUGUCUUUGCAUCUUUCAUCAAGGGCACAGUUGGUUUUGAAACAUGCUGUGGGGAGCAGCCCAGGGGGACGUUUCAAGCGUGAGCAAGUGCCCUAAAGCACCUUUAGCUGGACGUCAGCCUCGCUGGUGGGAUUUAUGCCUGAGAAAAGGUGCACAGGGCUAGAGCCUUAAGAGUUGUGCUAGUCAACCUUUGGGAAAUAAAUGGGAGGUUGGGGCAUUAAAAUAAAGGUUGUUCGUUCCUUGCCUCUUGGAGAAAGGCAAACGAGACUUCCUCCCAAAGGUUUUAGAAGCCGUGCCCACCUCACCAUCGCAAUGCCUUGGCUACCCUCCAUGGUAAAUUCUGAGCAAAAAACACACAUUUCUUUGUUGGUGGGGGAAUGGGGGUGGGUGGGAGGAGGGCUUUUUAUUUACUGGUGUACGUUUUUUUCCCUCGCCCCCACCUAAGGGAUUGUUUUGUUUGUAAUUAAUUAUUGACCUAAUUGUCACCACGAUAUAUAUUUGUGAAUGAGAAAGGAAGGGGCUUUCUUAAUGGUGGUGGUGGUAAGAAUAUUGUACAUAUAUUUUAGUUGAUUUUGCAAAAAGGAGGACAAAACAUUUUUAAAAAAGAAUUGUAACAAUGGACAAAAAAAAUGUACAUUUCCCUGUUUUA